AUGACCGACUCAAAAUUUGUCAAUCCGCAUCGCAGGCCCCUGUACGUUUUCGAUCUCCCGCCAGAAUUAUUGCAAAGCUUGGCCGUGAAGAUUGUUGGUGGUAGCGAGCGAGAGGCACUUGACAAGGAACCUGGUCAAAUUGAUCGACCUGACGUUUCAACCGCUUCUGUCGGACAAGAUGGUGUAGCUCAGUCCACAUCCUGUUCUCUAUGCCAGCUGUCAUUUCCAAACGUCCAAGACCAACGACAACAUGUCAAGUCCGACCACCAUCGGUACAAUUUGAAAUUGAACCUCAAGGAUCUGCCUACCGUCGAUGAAGGCACCUUCCUCAAGACUGUCGGAGAUCUAGAUGAGUCAAUAUCAGGAUCGGAUUCCGAAAGCAGCGAUGAUGAAGGUGGCGUCAAUGUCAACGAGCCGACGCUGAGCUCGCUCCUCAAAAAGCAGGCUGAAAUAUCGUCCGAUGGUCAGAUCUCAGGUAUGAACGUUGGCGGCAAAGCUGUUUCUGGCAAUGCACCUAUGUACUGGUUUACAAGUCCCAAAAUCGAAGGCGACAGUCUCCUCGGUGUCUACAAAGCACUCUUUUCCAACGAGGAGCAAGAUGCUGCACCGAAGUCCCUACUCGACGCCUUGAGCAGAAGGCAAGUUCAGCCUAUUCACGGUAAGCACAGUGGAAACACUAGCGCCAGUGGCGCUCUCGUAACGAACAAGGUCGAUCCCCACUAUUUCCUGUGUAUGAUUGGAGGAGGCCACUUCGCUGCUAUGAUCGUGUCAUUGAUCCCUGAAGUGCGCAAAGGACCAGGCGGUGUGGAGGAGCGUCACCCUAUCGUUCACGCACACAAGACGUUCCAUCGGUAUACCACUCGACGGAAACAGGGUGGGUCGCAGUCGGCCAACGACAAUGCAAAGGGCAACGCACAUUCCGUGGGCUCGUCGAUACGUCGGGCAAACGAAGCUGCGCUAGAGGUUGACAUCCGCCAAGUCCUGUCAGAAUGGCGAGAGCAGAUUGACUCUGCUGAGCUGAUAUUCGUCCGCGCAACGGGCAGUCAAAAUCGGCGGAUAUUGUUUGGGCCAUACGACGGACAAGUCCUGACUAGUCGCGACAAGAGGCUUCGAGGGUUUCCUUUCAGCACUCGUCGCGCGACACAGGCCGAACUCCUGAGAUCGUUCCAAGAGUUGACCCGUCUCAAGGUGAGCACGGUGGUGGAGGUGAUCCCUGAGCCUGCUAAGGUCAAAGCUCCUCCUCCUAAGGCUGUCAAGCCAGUGGUUGAGCGGCCGAAGAUCAGCAAGGAAGAUGAAGCCGCUCAGCUUCAUACAAGCCAGCUAGAAAACUUAGUUCGGCGGUCGAAAGCACCAGCCGUACUGCUCUAUCUCAGUAAAAACGAGGUCUCACCCAACUUCAGGUUCUACCCGCCUGCUCAACAUCAUCAUGCGCCCACACCACUGCAUCUGGCCGCCUCGACAGGCUCAGCAGCUGUCGUCACAGCCCUCCUGCUCAAAGCCAAGGCUGAUCCUGCCAUGCAGAACGACGACGGCAAACCACCAUACGACCUAGCCGGGGACCAUCGAACACGAGAUGCUUUCCGAGUCGCCCGCCAUGAUCUCGGCGAAGAUGCCCAUGAUUGGACCGCCGCUCAUGUUCCAGCAGGCAUGACUCAGGCCGAAGCAGCUGAACGAGCCGAGGCCGAGAAAACCAGUGGCGCCUCUGCAGAGGCCGAGCGCCGCAAAGCAGAUCUAGAGCGCAUCAAGCAAGAGGAAGAGCAGCGUGCUGCGUCCAAGAUGGAGCGAAAGGGCGGUGCCGGCAAAAGUCUCGGUUCUGCCGCUGAAAAGUCCGGGUCAGAGAAGCGAGAGGAAGAGACGAGGGGUCUGACGCCGGAGAUGCGGAUGCGGAUUGAGCGAGAGCGGAGGGCGCGUGCUGCUGAGGAAAGGAUGCGGAAGAUGCAGUCCGGGAAUUGA